CUUCUCUCUCUCUCUCCUCUCAUCAACAGCCUCCAUCGUCAUUCUCUUUCUCUCUCUCUCUAAGAAACAGAGAGAAGAAAUCAAAUGGCUCUUUCCAACGCCGCCUCCUCCUCUCUCUCCACCAGAUCUCUCUACACCGGUCUAUCUCACCGUCACAGCAACCGUCAAUCCUCCAUCCCUUUCCAUCACGCCGUCACCAAGCCUAACUCCUCCGUCAAACUCGUCGCGGCCCUCCACGCGUCGGAUCCAUCCCGAAACGCCGCCGUUUCGGUCAAGGAAUCCACCGUCUCUCCUUCUCCUCGCGCCGCGUUGAAAUGGACGCCGGAGAGCUGGAAGCUGAAGAAAGCUCUCCAGCUCCCUGAUUACCCCAACGCCGACGAGCUCGAGUCCGUCCUCAAGACCAUCGAGGCUUUCCCUCCGAUCGUUUUCGCCGGAGAAGCCAGGAACUUGGAAGAGAGGCUGGCGGAUGCCGCCGUCGGAAAGGCGUUUCUCCUCCAGGGAGGGGAUUGUGCAGAGAGUUUCAAGGAGUUCAAUGCCGAUAACAUCAGAGACACCUUCAGAGUGUUGCUUCAGAUGAGCAUUGUUCUUACCUUCGGCGGUCAAGUUCCGGUCAUAAAGGUUGGGAGAAUGGCUGGUCAGUUUGCGAAGCCUAGAUCUGAUCCAUUCGAGGAGAAGGAUGGUGUUAAGUUGCCUAGCUACAAGGGAGACAACAUCAACGGCGACACUUUUGAUGAGAAGUCCAGGAUCCCUGAUCCUAACAGGAUGAUUCGUGCUUACACGCAAUCUGCAGCUACGUUGAACCUUCUUAGAGCCUUUGCUACUGGAGGUUACGCUGCUAUUCAAAGAGUUACACAGUGGAACCUUGAUUUCGUUGAGCAAAGCGAGCAAGCUGACAGGUACCAGGAGCUGGCGAACAGGGUUGAUGAGGCCUUGGGGUUCAUGUCUGCUUGUGGACUUACCACUGAUCAUCCACUCAUGACCACAACUGAUUUCUACACGUCUCAUGAGUGUUUGCUUUUGCCUUAUGAGCAGUCACUCACGAGGUUGGACUCAACUUCUGGUCUCUACUAUGAUUGCUCUGCGCAUAUGGUGUGGUGUGGAGAGCGUACCAGACAAUUGGAUGGUGCUCAUGUCGAGUUUCUCAGGGGGAUUGCUAACCCUCUUGGCAUUAAGGUGAGCAACAAAAUGGAUCCCAAUGAGCUUGUAAAGCUUGUGGAAAUCCUGAAUCCUAACAACAAACCUGGAAGAAUCACUGUGAUUGUUAGAAUGGGUGCGGAGAACAUGAGAGUUAAGCUUCCUCACCUAAUCAGAGCAGUCCGCAGGUCAGGCCAGAUUGUGACAUGGGUCUGCGAUCCAAUGCAUGGAAACACCAUCAAAGCACCUUGCGGUCUCAAAACAAGAGCCUUUGACUCUAUCCUGGCUGAAGUGAGAGCCUUCCUAGAUGUGCACGAGCAAGAAGGAAGCCACGCGGGAGGUAUCCAUCUAGAGAUGACAGGACAGAAUGUGACAGAGUGCAUUGGAGGGUCCCGUACUGUGACCUACGAUGACUUAAGCUCUCGCUACCACACCCACUGUGACCCAAGGCUCAACGCGUCUCAGUCUCUUGAACUGGCCUUCAUUGUUGCUGAACGUCUUAGGAAGAGAAGAACCGCUACUCAGCGUCUAUCUUAAGUUUCCCCCGUCUUUUCUCUCUUUUGUUUUGUGAGUUUGGUGUCUUUAUGACCUGCCUCUUUAGGAGGGAGCAAACCUUGCUUUGAACCCUGUUCGGUUUUGCUGUGCCCCAGACAAUCUCACGUCUUUGUUGUUUCAAUUUAAUGUUUAACUGUAUGAAUGCUA